UCGCUGUGAAGAUGGCGCUGUCCAGAGUGUGUUGGGCUCGGGCUGCUUUGUGGGGUUCGGCGGUGCCCCCUGGACUAUAUGUCGUCCGAAGGCUGCAGUUUGUUCGCUCUGGCCUGACCUGGGGGGCCCCUCGGUCUUCAAAGCUUCAUCUUUCUCCAAAGGCAGAUGUGAAGAGCUUGAUCUCUUAUGUGGUGACCAAGACAAAAGUGAUUAACGGGAAAUACCAUCGUUUCUUGGGUCGUCAUUUCCCCCGCUUCUAUGUCCUGUAUACAAUCUUCAUGAAAGGAUUGCAGAUGUUAUGGGCCGAUGCCAAAAAGGCUAGAAGAAUAAAGACAAAUAUGUGGAAGCAUAAUAUAAAGUUUCAUCAACUUCCAUACCGGGAGAUGGAGCAUUUGAGACAGUUUCGUCGAGACGUCACCAAGUGUCUUUUCCUAGGUAUUCUUUCCAUUCCACCUUUUGCCAACUACCUGGUCUUCUUGCUAAUGUACCUGUUUCCUAGGCAACUGCUGAUCCAACAUUUCUGGACCCCAAAGCAACAAAUUGAUUUCUUAGAUAUCUAUCAUGCUCUCCGGAAGCAGUCCCACCCAGCAAUCCUUUGUUAUUUAGAAAAAGUUGUCCCUCUCAUUUCUGAUGCAGGACUCCAGUGGCAUAUGACAGAGUUGUGCACCAAGAUGCAACGUGGUACCCAUCCAGCAGUACAUGAUAUCCUGGCUCUGAGAGAGUGUUUCGCUAACCAUCCUCUGGGCGUGGACCAGCUCCGUGCUUUGCAGAUGAAAGCCUUGAGUCGAGCCAUGCUUCUCACACCUUAUCUGCCUUCUGUCUUAUUGAGACACCGUUUAAAGACUCACACCACUGUAAUCCACCAACUGGACAAGGCUUUGGCAAAGCUGGGGGUUGGCCAGCUGACUGCUCAGGAGGUGAAGUCGGCUUGUUAUCUUCGUGGCCUGAAUUCCACCCAUAUUGCUGAAGAGAGGUGUCGAACUUGGCUGGGAGAAUGGCUACAGAUUUCCUGCAGCCUGAAAGAAACUGAGCUGUCCCUCUUGCUACACAACGUGGUCCUGCUUUCCAUCAACUACGUUGGGUCAAGGCGCUGAGUGGACAUGCAGUGGCUGGCGGCGUCCUGCAGUCACAGCCCAGCAGCGUGGGACCAAACAGCACUUGUCAGCGAAGUCUGUGUGCACCGUUAGGUGUGGGAGACAGAGGAACCUGUGCCAUGGGCUUCACGGCGUGG